AUGGCUCAAGAAGAGAUGGAAGUUGAUCUCCAGCCAGUGGCCGGUUAUUCCGUGGAGAACUUCAGGACACUUCCCACAGAGCCCUCUGGUCACACGGCGCUGUCGUCCCACGCUCCAGGGCUCGGGGAAGGCGGAGGCAGUGCUGCAGUUCCUCCUGCUGACGACGCUGUUGUCACACCAAACCGUGGCACAGCACGGGAAGCAGCUGCGGAACCUGAGCCGCCCUUGAGUCCUGCCACAGCCUUCAGCAGGCUGCAGAGGCUGCAAGGGUCGUUUGAUCCACGCCAGCCACUGCCUGUGCCACAGCUCACACAGCGUCCGCAAGUGAGGAGAGCUCGCAGGCAGCAGAGAAUCGGUGGUUCCCAGAGAGCAGUCAGUGCCAGGGCAGCACUGGCCCAUUACUUUCAAAUCAGUAGGACCCAGGAGCCAGCUGCAGGAUCAGUUCCUCACCUGGGGCCCACGACCGUUGUGAGGGACAACCAGGAGCACAGCCCGGAUGAAGUGGUUGAAGUAAGCAACUCUGACAGCAGCUCUUCUGCUGAGGAGGAGGAGGAGGAGGUGGAGGCUGAUGCACCACCGUUACCAUCAGCCCAGGAGACACCUCCAGCAGUGAGCUCAGGAGUUUCCAGCCAGGUCCAAGCAGAGCUACCUCAAGCUUUGUCUCAAGCUUCUGCAGAACAUGAAAACCGUGAAGGUGAAGCGGCUGAAGUCCAGCAAAAGCAGAGAACUCCACCGAAGAAACUGGAGCCAUCAGUUCCUGUUGCACCUCUGGAGGAGGAGGAAGGAGAUACCUGUGCCAUCUGCUUUGAGCAGUGGACCAAUGCUGGGGACCACCGUCUGUCCGCGCUGCGAUGUGGACACCUCUUUGGUUACACCUGCAUUGACAGGUGGCUCAGGGGACAAGCAGGGAAGUGCCCCCAGUGCAAUAAGAAGGCCAAGCGCUCUGACAUUGUGAUCCUGUACGCUCGCACUCUGAAGGCUCUGGACACCAGCGAGCAGGAGCGCAUGAGAAGCUCUUUAGAAAAGGAGCAAAUGUUGCGGAGGCAGGCGGAGCUGGAAUCUGCGCAGAGCCGUCUGCAGCUCCAGGUUUUGACAGAUGAAUGCAGCAAACUCCGCAAGCAAGUUCAGGAGCUGAAGGCUCUGGUGGCCCAGCACAACGCGAGUGCUUCUCAGCAUCCUGGUGGCUCCCGCACCUGCCUCCCAAGCAGCCUCCCCUCCAGCCAAAGCCAGCGCAAGUACCACUUGGAAAAGGUUUUCCUGGUGUCUCAGACUGGGAACUGCAGAGUAAUGGCAUACUGUGACUCACUGAGUUGUCUUGUGGUAUCACAGCCUUCUCCACAGUCUACUUUGAUUCCUGGUUGUGGUGUGAAGAUGAUGAGUGUGGCCAACCUGAAGAGCAGUCAGUACAUCCCCAUCCAUAGUAAACAGAUCCGGGGCCUGGCUUUCGGCACUCGAGCAGAUGGUUUGCUGCUCUCUGCUGCUCUGGACAGCACUCUCAAACUGACCAGCUUGGCAACAAACACUGUAGUGCAGACAUACAACGCUGGCCGUCCCGUCUGGAGCUGCUGCUGGUGUCUCGAUGAUACGAACUAUGUCUAUGCUGGAUUGGUCAAUGGCUCUAUCAUGAUAUAUGAUUUGAGAGACACAAACUCUCAUGUCCAAGAACUGGUCCCUCAGAAGUCCAGGUGCCCCAUGGUAUCGCUGUCUUACUUGCCUCGGAUGGCCUCAGCGUCACUGCCUUACGGUGGGAUAUUGGCUGGGUCCUUGGAAGGAGCCUGCUUUUGGGAACAGAAAGAUGGGAUCUCCUACAGACCUCAUCAUCUGCCCCUGGAACCUGGAGGCUGCAUUGACAUUCAAACAGAGAUCCACACACGGCACUGUCUCGCCACGUACAGGCCUGGUAAAAAUAACCCAUGUGUGCGUUGUGUGAUGAUGGAACUGACUUGCAACCCACUGACAGAGGCCUCUGGAGAUGUUGUGUGUUCUUCUAACCCAGUUCAGACUUUCACUGCUGGGCCUACCUGCAAGUUGCUGACCAAGAAUGCCAUUUUUCAGAGCCCAGAGGAGGAUGGCAGUGUCUUUGUGUGUGCUGGUGAUGAGGCAUCCAAUUCUGCCCUGCUCUGGGAUGCUGGAAGUGGCUCCUUGCUGCAGAAGCUAUCAGCUGACCUGCCUGUGCUGGAUAUCUGCCCUUUGGAAGUGAACCAAACCCACCUCCUGGCUACUCUGACAGAGAAGAUGGUGAAUAUCUACAAGUGGCAGUGA